AUGUGGGAAUGUGACACAUGCACCCGUACUUUCAACAGCCUGAAGGCAUCCGAGCAGCAUAUGAACGCCCGUGGUCACUGGGAACAUUACUGUACGCCAUGCCGGCGGAUGUUCGAUAACGGGAACAAUCUCCGCAUGCACCUCAAUUCCCGCACCCAUCGCGGCGCCAAUGUCUCGUGCCCCUUCUGCCAACGAGCCUUCACUUCCGCCAGUGGCGUCUCACAUCACCUCGAAGCCGGCUCUUGCCCAAACGCACGCUGCGUCAACCGUGAGAGUAUCUUCCAUACCCUGCGACAGCGCGAUCGAAACGGCAUCAUUACGAACAACCUCUUGGAAUGGCACGGAGAGACCUGGACUACUGAAAACGCCUGGAACGGCCACGCAUACCAGUGCUACCUUUGCCGCCGCGGAUUCACUGCUACGGGCGACCUCGAUCGUCAUCUGAAGAGCCCUGCGCAUAUGCAAGAGAUAUACCAUUGUCCGAAUAAGGUGCGAUGCGGGUCGCAGUUCAAGACCUUGGCUGGCAUGUUCAAUCACUUGGAGAGUGAGAGUUGCGGAUUCAUCAAGUUCAGUGGCGUGCAGAGCAACUCGAAAGAUGCGACCAAACUGGCUGUUGGAAAUAUUGAACGGGAAGCGGAAAGGGAGGUUAUCCUAUUUCGUCUUAAGACCAAAGGGGAGACUGCAAGAUUGAAGGAUAAUACCAAUGUGAAGGAGAAAGGGAGUGGAUUCAAAGCUGGAUUAUCAACAUGA